CUCGUCGCCGAGCCUGGAUGCCGGCGCAGGCCGGGCCGCGCUGCCGAGGUGCCCGGGGAGAGGCCGGCGCCGGGAGCGGGACACGGCGGCCUCAGCUGGGAAAUGGCUCUUGAAGUUAAAUGAGGCUGGCUAAAAGGCAUAAAUGAAGCAGAAGCUGCUCUGCAUGUGUUAGGGCUACGUCGCCGCGAGCACUGCUGAUCAGCCAGACGUGGGAACUCGUCAGAAUGAAGAAAAUCAGUCUCAAAACAAUCCGCAAGUCCUUUAACUUGAAUAAGAGCAAAGAUGAGAGCGACUUCGUGGUGGUUCAGCAGCCAGCCCUGAGUGAUUUUGGUAAAGACGACUCCUUGUUCGGCAGCUGCUACGGCAAAGAUCUGGCGAGCUGCGAGGUCAACAGCGAAGAUGAGAAAGGAGGCAAGAACAGAUCAAAAAGCGAGAGCUUAAUGGGUACGCUGAAAAGGAGGCUUUCUGCGAAGCAGAAGCAGAAGGGCAAAGGCAGCACGCCCUCGGUGAGCUCUGCAGAUGAGGACACCUUCUCUUCCUCCUCCGCGCCAAUCACCUUCAAGGAUGUGCGAGCCCAGAGACCUCUGAGAUCCACUUCCCUCCGCAACCACCAUUACAGUCCGACGCCGUGGCCCCUGCGACCGACAAAUUCGGAGGAGACUUGCAUCAAAAUGGAAGUGAAAGUCAAGGCCUUGGUCCAUUCCUCCAACCCAAGCCCAGCACUGAAUGGCGUUCGAAAGGACUUCCACGACUUGCAGCCGGACAGCGUGUUCCAGGAGCAGAGCAGCGCGUUCAAGCCCACGGAAUCUCAGAACGGGGACUUGCAUCUUCAUCUCGAUGAACAUGUGCCUGUAGUUAUUGGAUUAAUGCCUCAGGACUACAUUCAGUAUACUGUGCCUUUAGAUGAGGGAAUGUAUCCUUUGGAAGGAUCACGUAGUUACUGUCUGGACGGUUCCUCCCCCAUGGAGGUAUCAACUGUUUCUUCUCAAGUGGGGGGCAGCGCUUUCCACGAAGAAGAGAGCCAGGUGGACCAGGAUGUCGUCGUCGCGCCGGACAUCUUCGUGGACCAGACGGUGAACGGUUUGUUGAUUGGUACCACGGGAGUCAUGUUGCAGAGCCCAAGAGUCAACCACGGCGACGUCCCUCCGCUCUCACCUUUGCUACCUCCGAUGCAGAAUAAUCAAAUCCAAAGGAACUUCAGCGGCCUGAGCGGCACCGACGCCCACGUGGCCGACAGCAUGCGCUGCCAUUUGAAUUUCGAUCCCAACAGUGCCCCUGGAGUCGGGAGGGUUUAUGAUUCCGUACAGAACAGUGGUCCUAUGGUCGUGACGAGUCUCACGGAGGAACUGAAAAAGCUUGCCAAGCAAGGCUGGUACUGGGGCCCCAUCACCCGCUGGGAGGCGGAGGGCAAAUUAGCUAACGUGCCUGACGGCUCCUUCCUCGUCCGAGACAGCUCCGACGACCGCUACCUUCUGAGCUUGAGUUUCCGCUCCCACGGCAAGACCCUCCACACGAGAAUCGAGCACUCGAACGGUAGGUUUAGCUUUUACGAACAGCCGGACGUGGAGGGACACACCUCCAUAGUCGACUUAAUCGAGCACUCCAUCAGGGACUCUGAGAACGGAGCCUUCUGCUACUCGCGGUCGCGGCUGCCCGGCUCCGCCACCUACCCGGUGCGGCUGACAAACCCCGUGUCCCGCUUCAUGCAGGUGCGCUCCUUGCAGUACCUCUGCCGGUUUGUCAUCCGCCAGUACACCAGGAUAGACCUGAUUCAGAAACUGCCUUUGCCAAACAAAAUGAAGGAUUACCUACAGGAAAAGCACUACUGAAAGCUCACGGCAACCUUGCAUCUUGCACUUUGGGGACGACGGCGCCGAAGGGAAGAGACGGAAGAGAUUGGAUUACAGUUUACAGACUUCUCCUUAGCAUCAGAAACCUUUUGCUGCCAUAACAAUAGUUCUGGGGGUUGAGUUGGGUUCCCUUUCCUUUUCUUUUGUGUGUGUGUGUGUGUAAAAGUACUGCAUUUGCCUUUCUCUUUGGUUGGGGGUUGGGGUUUUUUUCUCGGUGUAUUUGGGGAGGGCUUUUUGGUUUCUUUUUUCUUUGUCUUUUUUUUUUUUUCCCCUUUUUUUCUUCUUUCUUU